CUAAAAUUGCAGAACUCCCGAUCGCUUUUACUCGCUCUCAUUUUCUUUUCUUUCCUUUCCUUUGCUGUUUGCCUUUUCAAUUAUAUUCUUUGCUUUUUUCAAUUUAGAGACAUUGUAGUUAUUCUUUUUCUAUUUCUAUAUUCUUCUAUCGCCCGUAUACACAUAUUUUUUUGGUUGAACAGCUCGACUAAACCUACCUUAUCUUUAGACGCCGCUAUAUUUUCAAAGAUGGCAGACGAAAACAACACCAGCAUCAACUACACAGAGCACACCGAGCAGGUAGACUAUGACGAGACGCCUGUGGUCGAGGACAGCACCCCUGCCACUGCCAACGAAGACGGAGGACUCGAUGGAAUUGUUGAUCCUGAGCUGGAGGAGCUACAAAAGCGCAUGCUUGAGAUGGAGAAGGAGGCCCAGCGCCUGCGUGAACUCGAGGAGAACUUGUCCAAGGAGCCCACCGAAAACAGCCAGACAGCCGACGCGGAUGACGUUGAUUCGCGGUCAAUCUACGUUGGCAACGUGGACUACGUGACGACGCCCGAGGAGCUGCAGGACCAAUUCAAGGGCAGUGGCUCUAUUAACCGGGUUACCAUUCUGUGCGACAAGUUUACAGGGCACCCGAAGGGCUUUGCCUACGUCGAGUUUGCGACGACAGAUGCUGUGACAAAGUCCCAGCUUUUGGACGGAUCCAUGCUGCACGGGAGGGCGCUCAAGGUCAACCCCAAGCGCACCAACGUGCCGGGCAUGAACCGCGGCAGAGGCCGUGGCCGUGGCCGUGGCCAAUACGGCUAUCCGACCCGUGGGCGUGGCUUCCGCGGCCGUGGCCGGGGCUCCUACAACUUUGCACCGUAUUAAUGGUCCAGGAGCUGGGCCACGCGCGCCUUGCGUCUGUUUGCCACACACAAUGCCAUCAGGGCAGGACCAGCAGGAGCGCCAGCCUCUUUUGCAACAAAACAAAAUUUGUUUUAAUUUCAUUUGUUUACAAAAAAUCAAAUCAACAAAACACAUUUCAUUACA